UAAAUACGGUACAUUCAUGAAAGAAAGAAAUGGGAAAACUACAAUACAUUUGAUUACUACUGUGCUUAAUGAUUAACAAUUACAUUGAAGAUAUGCCGAUUAUAUCAGGCUCACAGCUUUUUAAGAUUGGUAGAUGGCGGCCUUUAAAUUAAAUCGAGUUAUUUAACCUAAUAGCUAAUGCGACCUACGGAAGAGGAACGCCUGCUAGUUUAGCUUAGCGGUUCUCUCAUUUUAGCUAACUAUUUAACAAUUAUUUCACUCUCGGGUUCAAAUGGAGGAUUCAUUUGAUCAUGCUGCUGAGAUUUCAGAUCGGGCCAAAGCAUUCUGGGCCAGGGAAGAUGUGGAUCAUGUGUUUAAUAUUAUGUUCAAUCGUCUAGAUCAACUUCGUGAAGUCCUGAGGGCAAACACUGCAACUGACAAAGAACGGGUUGAGGCGUUGAAGAUAUACGAAUGCCUGGAGUGGAAGACUGCGUUCCCUGUGAGCAACACUCCAGUGGUUCAGAUGGUCAUUGGUGCUGAUGGCCAAUGUAUACACCACAAUUGUGUGCCCUCUCUUCCUCCAUCAAUGGGUGAAGAUCUGCCUCCGCUGCUGCUCAUGCAGCCGCCGUACAAAUUGCACGUGUGCUCCAAGAUGUGCUUGCCUUCUUUACUUGCCACGAAUCGGUCCACCGUUUCGUAUCGAACUCAGAACCCGCUAAAGGUACCGCUGCUAUGCGGUUUCAAGAGGAUGAUGGCCACGCCAGUGAGAACAUCUUGCGGGGGUAGGGUCAUCGAACUUCAGCAGAAAUAUGGCAAGGAUGAGGAGGAGUAUGAUGACAAUGAACACAGAGACAUCAUUUACAAAGCUCCUUGUGGGCACAGCCUCCGUAAUUAUGACGACGUGAUGCGCUUCCUGUUGGCCACUGAAAGCUUUGAUGUAUUGCAGCUGGACUACUUCUCCUUCAACAAGGCAGUGCAGUUGGAUGCAGUGGAACUACAGAGCAGCCAGUUAGACCUGAGUCGCGGCUCUGAACCGGUAUCAGUGGAGCUGUGUUUUGGCCCCGGUGAUUCCCGGCCAGCUGAUUUCCGCUAUAGAAAGGAGCGCUGGCCACAUGGCUGUUUCUUGACCCGUGGGCCCGUGUUUCACACUUGUUGCGAGUGCACAGAUGGGUGUUUGGACGCGCAACGGUGCUCCUGCGUCGCCAUGACGGGAGUUGGAAAGCAUUACGACUAUCAUAGACUCACCCAUCCCUUGCCGUCUGGGUUAUAUGAGUGCGGGCCAUGGUGCAGCUGCGAUCGUGCCCGUUGUCAGAAUCGACUCGUCCAAAGAGGAAUCCGGGUCCGCCUGCAAGUGUUCUGGACAGAGCGUUGUGGCUGGGGUGUGCGUUGCUGCGAUGACUUGGAUGCUGGGACGUUUGUGUGCAUAUAUGCAGGUGUGAUCCUGCAGAGAGCCCACCGACCAAUUGAGCCUCCAGCACCAAAAAUGAGCAGGGUCGAACUGCCGUCAGAUGAUGAGGUGGAGGUGGUCACAGAGUGGCUAGCACCCCCCAUAGUGGAGGGGACCAACUUGCUGGAAAACACGGAUCCCCCCACUUCAUCACCACUGCAUGUCCCAGUAAUACAGAGACCCGCCGACAUCAACGCACAUCAGAAAGACAAGGCGAAGCAUGCUUCAGUCACACAAAAUGACACCGACGGCCAUGGAACGAGAUUGAAAAUAAGCAAAAACCCAGAUGACCUGUAUUUGUUGGAUGCCAGAAAGGAAGGAAACGUUAGCCGCUUCAUCAAUCACAGCUGUCAGCCAAACCUCUUCAUUCAGAAUGUCUUCACAGACUCGCAUCACCCAAAUUUCCCUCUCGUUGCUUUUUUCACCAACAGUGUGGUGAAGGGAGGAACUGAACUGACAUGGAAUUAUGCUUCGGACACACACACGCUAUCUCUGGCCCAACAACGGGAAGUGCCCUGCGUGUGUGGCAGUGACGGCUGCUUGGGUCAAUUCCUGGAGGAGAACCUUUGUGAAACGUGAGCUUGGAUUUUGUGAAACUAUGGGGGCCUUGUGACCACAACACUUUUAUACUUUUAAAUCUGCUGUUUUUUAAUAAAACUUCACAGUCAAAAAAAUGAGUUUCAUCUAGUAAAGCAAAUACUGUGACAUCCGGCAUGUCUGCCAAUAUCGGAGUACAAUUUUUUAUUUCGGGUAAGGAAAAUAUAGACUGGAACGCACCCAUUUAUUGAUUUAACAUGUCAGCUCACCAAGCAGUCUAGUUUGGUGGCCUGAGUGUAAGAAAUAACAGAUGCAAAGUCCAUCUGAGCACAUACAGACACAGUCUGGAUAGAACAACAAAAAAAUUCUACAAACGGGCGACCGUUAAUGAACCAAAGCAGAUGUUUCUGCGGCGCCUGUAUUCAGUCUUGUAAGAUCUGAGUGUAGAUGUUUAAGCUUGAAUGGUGCUCUUGGCGCUGAAAGCCAUGUAGUAGAGAAGGAUUCCCAUGAGCGCUGCUACCACCUCAGUAGAAACCCACGGGCCACUCCACACACCCUGAAGGCACAACGGUACAACAUCAGUAGAUUACUAACUUCGUUUUACAGUGCCACAAAAUGACAAUGUGCACUAUUUACAUAUAAAGGCUAUUUUAGGUCUAACCUGGAAGACAGUAUUUUAGGAAAUUAUACAUUUUAAAACAAAGUUUCCCAUCGAUGAUCUAGAAGUUACUCAAGUUGAAUAAGGCUCACCCUAUGGUCCACGUUGACCAAGAAUAGAGGCUUGAUGGCAUUCACAUCUUCAUUGUUUCGUUGGGCCUAAAAAAUACACAUCCUUAUUUCAAACCAAGACCAAAAAAAAAAAAAAAAAAAAAAAAAAUCAAAUUUCUUAGUCACUAACACGAACCUUGCGAAGCGCACUGUAGGAUUCCUCGUCAAAAAACUUGACCUGAUAGGUUCCUGAACUGGCCUCUUUGUGAGGAAGACUCCAGGAUACCUAAAGUAAAAAAGUAUUUUAUUGUCAAUUUUUGCACUACGAUGUUCAGUAUUUCAUUAUGGAAGUAACUUGCCCAUAAUCUGCAGUUUAACUGCACAAAAUCUCCACCCAAUUGAAGUUUAUCAAAACGUGGUGUUUGUGUCUAACACCUACUUCCCCCUUACCUACAAUGUACUGGAUCUUUAUGGAAACUGUAAUGAUACCUGGUACUUGCCAACAUCCUGGCCUCUGGUCACAGGAAACUGUCUUCCAUUGACGUCAGCAUACAGGGUAACACUCUGCAAAGGGCCGCAAAUAUAGGCAAUACUUUAACAUCAAGUAAUAGGUAAAGGUGCACUGAUUGAUCGAUUGGCUGAUCGAUCACGGUCGAUUGAGUAAAUUUUGGAAGAUCAGUUGUUCAUGGUGGAAAAAAUAUGAUCGACAGGUUAGGCUUAAAAAAAUAAAAAUAUAGGUAAAAAUGAUGACCAGUGCACCCUAGCGACAAUGGUCAGCAUUGGUUAUCAGUGGUUAAUAAAGGCAAAAGAGCUUAAAGGGAACCUCAGACUUAAAGACUUGUAGGCUCUAAUAAGCCACAAUUGUUCUCUUUUACUAACAUAUGUCAUUAGAAACGCAUAAAAUAUUGUCAUUGAUUUCAAAAUCUAUAAUAUUUAGUACAUGUUUUGACCUACGGAGGGCACCAUGUUUUAUGGACGCUCGGGAUGAUGACGUAGAUUGUCACCGUCACUCGAGGAAUACUACAGGGUUACUGCAAUUCCUUCUACGCGGCUGGACGUCCAACACAUGUGUUCGGUUAAAAGCGGCGAGUAUAUUCUAUUUGUGUUUUUAAUGAGUCUUUUAUUACCUCCAUUGCCUCAAUACUUUUUGAAUGUGUUUCCCUCUCAUACUUAAGCAUUGUGUUUUCUUGUGGUAGCUUUGAAGCACAUUGUUAAUCUGUUGACCACAUUAGUCACGUAGCAUAUUUAAACCACCUGUAUUUCAUAUUACU